AGUCGCCCCAUCGCAAUACACUACUAGUCCGGGGACCUGCCCGUAUCAUCCCGUUUUUCAUUAGAAGCACAGGACCACCACAAGUCAGACAAAAUGGCCACAGGGUCAGCAGUGAGUUCAGCUCUAGAGACAAUCAGUAGGCAUCAUCUCGAAUGCCCCAUUUGCAGCGACAGAUUCCAACGACCCAAGAUACUGGACUGUCUGCAUAGUUUCUGUGAGCAAUGUCUGCUGACAUACUGCAGCACGAAGCAUCAGGGCUGUACAGAGAUUCCUUGCCCCGUGUGUCGACAAGAGUCACAACUUCCGGAGGCGGGGGUUACAGGCCUGAAAACCAACUUUUAUCUGAUCGGUCUGGUUGAGGAGAUUGAACUGCAAGAAAAGUUGUUGUGUUCGGGUGAGACGAAGCUGCUCUGUGAGACAUGUGAUGAUGGCAAUGAGGCAACGCAUCGCUGUCUAGACUGUGAACGUUACAUGUGUACAACUUGCAAAAAGAACCAUCCUCGAAUUCCUGCCUUAUCAAACCACACUAUAGCAACACUGGACGAGAUUCGUGCAGGAAAGGCAGCUCUGUCAAGAAAACAUUCAUAUCAACAUCGGAAGUGUCCCAACCACGAGGGUGAAGUAAUGCGGUUCUUUUGCACGACAUGUGAAAAGCCGAUCUGUCGAGAUUGUACUGUCAUAGACCAUCGCCAACCAGAACACACGUAUAUCGAUAAAAAACAGGCGGCAUCGACGUACAAGCAGUCAUUAGCUGACUUGUUUCGUCCCGUUGAAGAAAUUCUGAACAAUUUUCACACAUGUCUCAAGACGGUCUCAAUGAUGAAAAAUGACUUCCAUAUUACAGUGAAGACAGCCAUUGCAGGAGUGCAGGACAAGGCAGGUGAGAUAAGAGCAGAGGUCACGGCUCAAGAAAAUCGCAUCAUUGACGACAUCCAAAACAUCCAAAGCGAUCCCUGA